AAACUCUUUUUUAUUUUUUAUUUAUAGAAUUGAGAAUUUUAGUUAGAUUUAUUUGUAAAUUGUUCAACUUUAAUUCCUGAUAUUUUCUUUUAAUUUCAACAUAUGUUGCUAAAGAUCAAUCCUUAUGAUACUGACUAAAAAUUUUCAGAUGAUUUGUGAUUUCAAUUUGAUGCUUUAGUCAGGACCUUAUUUAUUUUCCAGUUAAUGUAUAAAGUCCGUUAUGCUUUAAUAUAUAUUUUCUUGUAUCCCUAAUUUGAGAAUUAGGGUUUGAACCGCCGGCUAUUUAAUCGAAUCCUCUUUGGCAUUGCUUGAGAAAACUUUUAUCACAUGGGAACUAAUAGAAAGAGAAGGAUAAAAGCGUUAGAACCACAUUCAGAAAUCAAUGUGCACGAAGGUUGUAAGGGAGUCGAUAGAUCUAGAAAGACAAGAGUUGAGCAGCAGCUUCAGGGAGCAACAGGAAAAACAGAAAAGGAUGAGCAUUCAUUACCUAGUGGUUCAGGUGAAGCACCAUCUUCAAGGUCUAAAACUACAAAAACCAGAAUUGUGGAAGGAAUUACAAUACCUGCACUUUACUUGAAUACAGAAGAAAGACUUCAUCCUUCCACUAAGAUUAAGUUGCAGCUCUUUCCGAUAGAUGAAAGCACUCGUCUAGGUUUAGAAAAGGAUGGCUUUCAUCCUUAUUUGGAACUGACUUUAAGUGCUAGAAAGAAGAUAUCCUCUGUACUUAAGCACCUUGGUAGCAAGUGGGGCAGUUCAAGCAUCGCUGUUGGGGAGCCCAUGCUUUUCCCAUAUGUAGCAGAAUGUCUGACCGGUUACAGAUGGACGAGAAAUGACAUUUGCAUCAGUGCCAGCGAUGUUUAUGCAGCAAUUGGAAGCCCAGCUGUGUUUCGUUUAAGGUAUGGAUGGAUGUCUGACUCUAAUCUUGAAACAAAAACCUUGGGACAGCCUUCUGUAUCAGCUCCCUUCAAAGCCUCCUCCAAACUUGAAGAUGUACAGAAAAGUUGCCAUACUUACAUGCAGAAUGCAUAUGUAAAUGGUGAAAAAGCUGAGGUAACUGGUGAAGAGUCUGGAAAACCAAUCAUUACGAGUGGAGAAACAAAUGUAGCUGUUUCAGAGAAGGCGUCUAAUGGAGGAGUUGGUUCUAUGGAAAAUGAAGUGACAAUGGAUGGUAGCAUUGAACAAUCAUUGGCAAUGUGGGCGGACAGUCUAACUAACAUUAGCAUAGGAGGUCUGCUGUCAGAAGCAUCAUUGCAGGGCAGGUUUGGGAAUUGUGAUAAAAAAUCAAAUGGGAUCUCUUCAGGCUUGCAAUCAUCUCAAUUAAUCUCUGAUUCCUUUGAUGCUUUCAUUGCUGGUCAAAUGAAUCCCUCCAGAAGUCUAAGGCCGCCACUUCAGGACUCACAUUCCUCAAUUUUAGAUGCUGAUGAUACAUGCCAUGCAUUUCCAUUUCAAAAAUUUUCUUCUUUAGGCAAAAGUCCUAUAGCUACCGGUGGAAGUGCUUAUUUUCAUGCAGGCAAUCAGGACACCAGUUCUAAGUCAUUCAAAAACCCCAAUCUGACAGAGGCCAAUAUUAGAUCACAAGGCCAGGCUUGUCAACAAUCAGACACAGACUUGAUACUUUGUUCGCGAGUAUAUAAUGAUGAAAGCAGUCUCGGGUUCUCUGGCAUUAAAUGGACAGAAUCUUUGGGACCCUUUGAUCUGGGCCUGUCUUCUUCCCGCAAAGUCAUAAAUGGAGACAAUACUAGCAUCAAUGGCAUUGUCAGGUAGUAGGUUCUCGAAGUUAUGAAUAUACACUACAUUGAGGGAAAAUAAAAGUAAAAACCUUGAUUGUAAUGCAUAAACAUUCUGAUAUGGACACUUUAAUUGUAAUAGGAGUUUUUAGUUUUAUUUAUUUAUUUAUUAUAUCAGGUUUUACUAAGAGUUUUAGUUUUACUAUAUUAGGUUUUUGUUUCCUUCAUAAACUCUAAGUUAGGAAUUCUAUUUUAUGUCAAUUAGGACUCUUUCAUUUGUUAUUAACAGUCUGUAAAAGGUUGCCAAUAUGAAAUAAAGAGGUAAGCAAUUAUUUUAUCAAAAGAAA